CCGAAGUGCUAUAAAUCCGGUGAGCCUGGGCAUCUAUCCCGAGGUUGCAUCAAACCUCGUAGGCCUUGAGAUUGAGAAACUCCAGGCGGCUCAAGCAUCGUAAAUGAACACGCCAACUCCGAACACACCAUCAACUUCGAGAGGAGGAGGAAAACCCCCCAUGUCAGGAAUCCGGACUGUCGGACCCAACGAGCUGUUUGCCAAGUCGGCACCGAAUCCGACCCGACGGACGAACAUGGUAUCACGAAUCAGGCAAGACAAAAGCAACGACGGAGAGACCGAGGAACCGCUUGGAUUCGACAGACUGAUACUUGGGAAGAAAACAGUAGUCGCGGAACCAGGAGAAGAUGGAAGGAAAAAGUACAUAGAGGACACCAAACGAUUCCUGAGAACGAAGAACGUGCCAUUUUUGACGAAGAUGGCGAAGGACGAAAAAGUGAAGGCAAAGAGCAAUCGAAAAGAGGAUCUCGUUGAAGCACUAGCCAAAGCAAGAGUUGUCAUCGCAUAUGGAAAGCAAAGGGAUGCAGCUCCAGUCCGGAUCUCCGAGCAAGUAAAUCCAGAGGCCCAGGGAAAUGAGGAUGACGAAUGAUGAAGACCACCAGUACUCGGCGUGCACCUGGGAACGGUUCAAGAAGUUGAGCCAAGAUCCAUCGAGGUGUCAUGGGCACCACGAACG